CGCGCCCGGGCCGGCCCGGCUGGUCUGGGCGGAGCGCGGGACCGCCGUAGGGGAGGUGCCGCGGCGUCGCCUGGAUUCCCGGGUAGCUGGGGGGCCGGGGUCGGGCGGGACCGCGAGGGGACAUGGCCGAGCCGGCUCCGUUUCCCGUGGCAUUUGAUGAUGUGGCCUUAUACUUUCUGGAGCGAGAGUGGGAAAUCCUGGAGAAGUGGCAGAAGGACAUGUAUCAGCAGGAAAUGAAGACCAAUUAUGAGAGCCUUGAUUCCCUGGGCUGUAUUUCUUCAAAGCCAGAUUUGAUCACCUGGAUGGAACAAGGAAGAAUGCUGUUAAUCAGAGACCAGGGACACUUAGAGAAAACACAAAUGACACUUAGCCUUUCUGGUGACCAGGGAACUCUCGGGGCAAAAGAGGAGGAAUGCCAUUUAAAUGGUCUCCAAGAGCAGGGCUUCUGUGCUCCCUUAUCCAAGGAGGAAAGAAAGAUUUUAUCAGAUCAAAGAGCCGCCUUACAACACCCAAGUCUCCAAGAAACAGAGAUUCUAAAUAAUAAAAGCCUCGACAUCACAGCAUCUAAUCAGGACAAGAACGAUCCACGGCAUAAGCCAAUGGGAAGCCCAGAUCGCCUGGAAAUUCCACCAGGUCUGAGACUUUAUUCCUUCUUUGUCUGUAGGAAGGUCUUCCAGAUAAAGAGAGCCUUUGUGAAGCACAAAAGGAACCACCGCGAGAGCCAGUCCUGUCUCCCGAAGCACAAAAACAAGUCCAGGGGGAAGGCGGAGCUCGGGUGGCUCCGGGCGGUCCCGUGUAAGCAGCCUUUCCGGCGCGGCGCGUGCGAGCAGAGCAGCUGUCUCAGGUGCAGCCUGGCCCUGCACCAGGUGGCUCGCCCGGGCCCGUGGCCCUUUCAGUGCCCCGAGUGUGGCAGGGCCUUCCGGUCCAAAGCCGCCCUGAACAAGCAUGUGUGUUCGCCCAGAGGGGAGAGGCGGUUUUCCUGCCGGGAGUGUGGCCGGGGGUUCACCCAGCAGGACGAGCCGGCCGAGCACCUGCGGGUGCACAGCGGGAGGACACCCUUCCAGGGUCCGCAGGGCGGCAGAGGCCCCUCGCGGGAGGCGGCCGCAAGGGCCCACCGGCGGGCACACCGCGGGGAGAAGCCAUUCUCCUGUGACGACUGUGAGCGGAAGUUCACCCACCGGAGCAAGCUCACCGAACACGUCCGAGUUCACACGGGGGAGAAGCCCUUCCGGUGCCCGGAGUGCCAGAGAAGCUUCCGCCUCAAGAGCAGCCUGCGGGCCCAUCUCUGUCGGCACAGCGGGAGGAAGCCUUUUCGGUGCCCAGAGUGCGGCCGGAGCUUCUGCUGGAGGAACGCCAUGAAGGCGCACCAGCGUCUGCACAGCCAGGAGAAGCCCUUCUCCUGCGGGCAGUGCGUCCGGGGGUUCACCCGGCCCUCAAAGCUCGCGCGCCACCGCCGCGUCCACGCCAGGCAGACGGCGUUCCCCUGCGAGCGGUGCGGGAGGACCUUCCCGCGGCGCUCGGGGCUCACGCGGCACCUCCAGGUCCACACUGAGGAGAAGCCCUUCUCCUGCGCCCAGUGCGGCCGGGGCUUCCACCGCCGCGCGCACCUCGCCGAGCAUCGGCGACUCCACGGCGGGGCCGAGCCCUUCCGGUGCCCCGAGUGCAGCCGGAGCUUCUCCUGGAAGGCCUCCCUGAAUCUGCACCGGCGGCAGCACGCGGGCGAGCGGCCCUUCCCGUGCGGCGAGUGCGGCAAGGCCUACGCUCAGCCGUCCCAGCUCGCCGAGCACGCGAGGGUCCACAGCGGGGAGAAGCCCUUCCGGUGCCCCGAGUGCGACAGGGGCUUCCGGCUCAGAGGGAACCUGAAGAGCCACCUGCUCCAGCACAGCGGCCAGAAGCCCUUCUCCUGUGCGACGUGUAGCCGAAGCUUCGCUCAGCGGUAAAGGCUCACGGAGCACGUACGCGUCCACAGCGGCGAGAAGCCCUUCGGGUGUCCCGAGUGCGGCAAGAGCUUCCUCCAGAAGAGAAGUCUGGAGACCCAUCUGCACCGUCACCGCGGGGAGAGGCCUUUUUCUUGUGCUGAGUGUGGAAGGGGCUUCACCUACCUGGGGGCGCUUAACACCCACAUUGCCAUGCACGCCAGGGAGCAGCCCUUCAGUCUCGAGGUCACUCCACUCAGAAAGCAGUCACAGCUCUGCGGUGGGGCCAUUGGCUCUGUUGGCGCUGGCUGAGGCAGGACGAAAAAUUCAGCCAACAUGCUUCAGCCACACUGGCCAGCACGGAGCAGGCGGCCGUGAGGGCUCCUUGACGAAGGUUCCAGAUAAUCCAGGCACAGCGUCUGGAGACUGGAGGAAAGCAAGCUUUUUGUGGAAGGCGCUGGUCAUCCUGAUGUGAGAAUCAGGUUAGAGCUCCUCCUUUAGCCUUUUUCCCCUCUUUUUUGUAAUAAAGUUUCUUGCGACAGAAGUUCCUUACAUUAUGGGUGUUUUAGUCUGCUGGGGCUGCCGUAGGAAAAUGCCACAGACUGGGUGGCUUGAACCACAGAAAUUUAUUUUCUUACAGUUCUAGAGGCUGGAAGUCCAAGAUCAAGGUGCCAGCAAGGUUGGUGUCUGGUGAGGGCCUGUUUUCCUGGCUUGCAGAUGUCACUUUCCCCCUGUGUCCUCACAUGGCUUUUUUCUGGGUAGGGGUGGGGUAUCUCUGGUAGUUCUUCCUUUAAUACGGACACCAGUCCUAUUGGAUUAGUACCCCAACCCUGUGACCUCAUUUAACCGUAAUGAAUUAAUUUUGGAGAACCUGAUGGUAUAGCCCUAGACCUGAACAAAGUGAAUGAGGAGGCAGAGACUAGGAAUGAGGUGCUGGUGGAGCCUCCUCUAAAUGGAGAGAAAUGCCAAGAAUGGGGAAGAAGCAUGCCCCCCACCAAAUCCAACAGCCAGCUGUUCCUGUCCAUUCGCCUGUCUGGCUCUCCUGAGCCACACCUUGUGCAGCAAUUUUCUCUGUUCUCUGUGAGGUGAUGAUGACUUUUAAAUCUAUAAAUCCAUGUUCAUAUUUCCAGAUUCCUCCUGAUUGUUUCUGACUUCCACAGACAUCUCAAACACAGAUCGCCCAGAAUAAGACUCCUGAUCAGUACCAGCCCUCACUCUAUACCUCUUUUCUUUACACUCCCGUUUUUCUCACGUCAAAAUUACAACUAAUCUCCAGAGCUGUAAAAUUGAUAAUGAUCCUAGAUUUUCCUACACCCAGUCUACUAAAUUUCUCCCAAAUAAAAGCCCUUCUCUAUCUCUGCUAACACCAUAUAAGCUCACUUUUGAAAAACUUUUUUUUUUCUUGCAGUAUGCGGGCCUCUCACUGUUGUGGCCUCUCCCGUUGUGGAGCACAGGCUCCGGACGCGCAGGCUCAGCGGCCAUGGCUCACGGGCCCAGCCGCUCCGUGGCAUGUGGGAUCUUCCCGGACCGGGGCACGAACCCGUGUCCCCUGCAUCGGCAGGCGGACUCUCAACCACUGCGCCACUAGGGAAGCCCGAAAAACUUUUUUUUUCAAGUGUUUUUCCUAACAGAUUUCCCUGCCUCUGGCUUUUUCCAGUAAUACAUUAUCACUCUUGUGACAAAUUGGUUUUUCUAAAAUGCAACUCUAAUGUUAUUCUCAAAAGAUAUUUUUAAGAAGUUUCCAAUUUUGUUAUAAGUGAAAACUCAUUUCUCCAAAGAAGACAUGAGGAUAGCACAUGAAAAGAUGCUCAACAUUGCUAAUCAUUAGAGAAAUGCACAUCAAAACUACAGUGAGGUACCACCUCACACCAGUCGGAAUGGCCAUGAUUAAAAAGUCUGCGAAUAAAUGCUGGAGAGGGUGUGGAGAAAAAGAAACCCACCUACACUGUUGGUGGGAAUGUAAAUUGGUGCAGCCACUACGGAGAACGGUAUGGAAGUUCCUUAAAGAACUAAAAAGAGUUAUGUGAUCCAGCGAUUCCACUCCUGGGCAUAUAUCCAGAAAGAUCUCAUUUGAAAAGAUACAUGCACUCCAGUUUUAUAGCAGUACUACUUACAAUAGCCAAGACAUGGAAGCCACCUAAGUGUACAUCGACAGAUGAAUGGAUAAAGAAGAUGUGGUAUAUAUACACAAUGGACUAUUACUCAGCCAUAAAAAAGAAUGAAGUAAUGCCAUUUGCAGCAACAUUGAUGGACCUAGAGAUUAUCAUAUGAAGUAAGUCAGACAGAGAAAGACAACAUAUGAUAUUGCUUACAUGUGGAAUCUAAAAAAUGAUACAAAUGAACUUAUUUAAAAAACAGAAAUAGACUCACAGACAUAGAAAACAAAUUUAAAAAACAGAAAUAUACUCACGGACAUAGAAAACAAACUUAUGCUUACCAAAGCGAGAGGAUAAAUUAGGAGUUUGGGAUUAAAAUAUAAAAUAGCCAACAAGGACCUACUGUAUAGCACAGGGAAGUACGCUAAGUAUGUUGUAAUAAUCUAUAAUGGAAAAGAAUAUUAUAUAUUUAUAUUCAGAUAUAUAUAUCUGAAUCACUUUGCUGUACACCUGAAACUAACACAACAUUGUAAAUCAACUGUAUUUCAAUAAAAUUUUUUAAAAAUUAAAAAUAAA